AUGGGCCCAGAGGAUGUCGAUCUCGAGAUGGAGGUCACGAGGCCUGGAGGCUCUAUAACGGUUGCGGAGCUGCGUGCCGAGAUCUCGGAGGAACGCGACUUGCCGCCCUCUUCGUUUCGACUGGUGCUCAUGGAGUAUCCCGGCCCUACGCGCAGGGUGCUGCAGGAUGGGACCGAAGUCCUUGACACUGCGCUCUUCGAGCAUGCAGACCUGAUAGUGGAGCAACCGGUCGACAUCGAUGUCGUGGACCCCAAGGGUCAGCGAUUCGAAGUUAAGGCGGAUCGCUCCUGGAGCACAGCACGGCUUCAAAAGGCGAUUGCGGACUGCAUGCGCUGCAAGAUGGAUGACAAAGAGCUCCGACUGGGCUCCACGAUAAUCCGGGCUUCGGAGGAUCCUCUGAGUGGGCUGGUGACUCCCAGCACUCGUCGUGCAGAGGUGACCGUGUCCUACCCCGUGAAGGUAAUCAUCUCAGACGAUUCGGGGAGGCAGUGGGUGAUUCCUGCAGAUCGCUCCUGGACAAUGCGGGAGGUGAGGAUGCAUCUCACCGAGCAGUCGGGCUACGCGCUGGAGGAGCAGACGCUGCAGCUACCAGCCCUGGGUCCCGAUGGCACCCUCCCAGUCCUCGAUGACCUGGAGGCGGAGCUGAGCUCUGUGGUCCCGGAGGGGCCACAGGUCCACCUACAUCUUCUCAUCGACUUCGGCAAGUUCAUGGACCGUGAAAUUCGUGAAGCACAACAGAGGCCUAUGAGUGAGGAAAGUGAGGAGGAAUUUGCAGAGGCUGAGGAGGCGCCGGCGUUGCGUCUGCCGUUCCCAUGGGAGUCGCCCAAGAAGCCGGGAAAGCGCAAGGCGAAGAUACCGAACGAGGAGAUUUGGAAAUAUCCUCCGCACUCCCUGGAUUUCACGGGACUGUUGGAUCGACAUCCAAGGCAAGUGGAAUUCUCAGCCUUGCUGGCCGAUCCACCCUGGAAGCCAGGGGAGCCGUUGUCCGAGCCGUCGCCAGAAGACGACGUGUUGGCAAAGUCCAGGGGUCCCACCAGGAGGUGGGGCGUCUGGGAGGAGGAGGCAGAAGAGGAGGCGGAAGAGGAGGCAGACGAGGAGGUAGAAGAGGAGGAGGGGGAGGAGUCAGAAGAAGCAGAGGAGGGGGAGGAGGAAGAGGCUAUCGGCUCCGAUGGUAUCUCUGAUGACUUGGGCAGCGAGGAGGGCCUUGCCAGGAAAUCGAGCGAGGCGAUGGCACAGGACGCAUGGACCGGUGGUCCGGAGUCCCGCAGGGAGCGCACCAGGGAUCCGCUCGAAGGGAGAGACGAAGCUCGAGAUCAGUUGUUGGCCUUGCCGGGAGAAGGCUCAUCAAGGCGGCGGAGGGGCCUGCAAGCCGAGGAGCAGAACGAGGUCGGUUCCACGCCAUCAAACGACCAACGUAUCUCUUCGCAGAGCUCUGGUAGGCUGGCAUCCGAUGCGAGCUUGGGAAACACGGGACACAUCUCCCGCUCGCUGGUGCAGUGGGGCGGCUUUCAACGUCUCCGCGAUUCUGUGGUCCCGGGACCCGGAACCCUUAUCUUCGUGAACCCCAAGGAUCACCCGAGCGGCAAUGCCACCAAGCGCGCCUUGAGGCGCCAGAGACUGCAGGACUCCCACACAGAACAUGCGGACGCAUGGUCGCAUGCGGCGAGCAGCAACCGAAUUCAAGCAGAUCUUCGCCAGGAGGUGCUCCAGGAGAUCCGGAAGGCGACAUCCGAAGUCGAGGAAUCCGUCCAUUUGGAGCCGGAGGAGGCCUUGGAAGAGGAGACCACAGCUGGCAUGGCUCCCUGGGGCAACUUCAGCUUCGACCCAGGUCAUCUUCAACGCCCUCCCUCGUCAGAUCUACCGCGGGAAGCUUCCGUCCGCCCGUUCUGGCCUUAUCGGAAUCCUCAGCCAUUGGGAGCCCCGGUGCUGGCUUCGGCCAGUGCUCACUGGGGAGGUUUUGCAGUACAGUUCGCUGGACACGCAGACUCCCCAGAUGAGGAAGAGCGCGAGGACCCCGGAAACGACAAGACUUAG